AUGUUUUUGGGCGCCUUUCUCGCAAGUUUGGAUAUUAGUGUCAUUGCAGCAGCUCUUCCACGAAUUGCUUCUGAUUUUGGUGCUCAGACCCAGAUGUCAUGGAUCGCCACAGCCUACCUUCUCGCCUACACGGCCUUCCAACCUAUUUAUGGUAAAUUCUCUGACAUCUUUGGCCGCAAGCAAAUGUAUCUAGUCGGCAGUGUUAUCUUCCUUAUCGCGUCGGUUGGAUGCGGUGCCGCUCCUUCGAUGACUGCGCUGAUUCUUUUCCGCGCUCUUCAGGGCCUUGGAGGCUCGGCCCUCUUUUCUGUGGUCAUCAUCAUGGUCUCGGACAUGUUCCCUAAUGUUGAGGAGCGUGCCCGUUACCAGUCCAUGGUCUGGCUAGCCUUUGCAGUCUCCAGUAUCACGGGGCCAUUACUCGGAGGUGCCUUUGUGGAGCAUGUGAGCUGGCGCUGGUGUUUUUACAUCAACCUUCCCUUGAGUAUUAUAUCGAUUGUCCUGGUGGGCUGGUUGUUCAAAGUACCUUUUGAAAAGUCCAAUCUCUCGGAAAAGCUCCGUAGGGUCGAUUAUGCAGGAUUGGUCCUUGUGGUCGCUACCGUCCUCUGUUUGCUUUUACCUCUCACUUGGGGUGGUGUCACUUACUCCUGGAAUUCCACCUUGAUCAUCGUCCUCUUCUGUGUCUUUGCUAUGUUGGCUGUCGUGCUCAUUUUCGUAGAAAGCCGAGUCAAGGAAGCCAUCAUCCCCCCAGCCGUCUUCCUCAAUAGGAAUGUGUCGAUGAGUUUGGUUAUCCUUUUUGUGUUUGGUGCGACCUUUAUGGGUUGCACAUUCUAUCUACCUCUCUACUUUCAGGUUGUGAAAGGCACCUCUACUACGGAUUCGGGUCUCCGCAUGAUCCCAAACUCUAUUGCCAUGGUCAUCAGCACUAUGGGAUCUUCGUUUCUGCUCAAGUACAUCAAAGACUAUCGCCUGUCCAUUCGAGUAGGGACAGGUGUGGCAACAUUCGCUACUGGCCUGUUGAUCCUGUUUGAUGUCGAUACCAGCUUGGGAAUGCAGCUCGGAUUCGUUCUGAUCCUCGGCCUUGGGCAGGGACUCAUUUUCCAGAACUGUACGUUGACUUGUCAAGAAUGUGCUGCAGAGGAAUAUAUGGCUGUGGCCACAGCGUUGGCUGGGUUCAUCAAUAGUAUUGGUUCUGCUGUCGGUGUGGCCAUCUGUUCCGCAACCAUCAAUAAUGCGUUGCUAAUCAGACUGCGCAAGUAUCCAGAGGAAAUCCAAGUGGUCCUGAGAGAGACAGGUGCAAUCAACAAUAUGGAAGCAGUGGUUGAUUUGCCAGAUGAUAUCCGACAGCUGGUCAUCCAUGAGUAUGCAAGCUCAUUCCAGUUCCUGUUCAAAAUCCUGACUCCAAUGAUUGGUCUCGGAUUCUUGCUAUCGUUGUUCCUCCGUAGACGCGCUUCGCUUGCACAAAAAGCAUAA